CGGCGGCCAGGGCCCCCCGCGCCCCCCGCGCCCCCCGGCGCCCACACCGCCGCCAUGUCGCUGCUCUGCGUCGGAGUUAAAAAGGCCAAGUAUGAUGGGCCCCAAGAGAAGUUUAACACCUAUGUGACCCUGAAGGUGCAAAAUGUCAAGAGCACGACCAUUGCAGUGCGGGGCAACUUGCCCUCCUGGGAGCAGGACUUCAUGUUUGAGAUCAAUCGGCUGGACUUGGGCCUGACUGUGGAAGUUUGGAACAAGGGGCUCAUCUGGGACACUAUGGUGGGCACGGUGUGGAUCCCCCUCCGGACCAUCAGGCAGUCCAAUGAGGAGGGCCCUGGGGAAUGGCUCACACUUGACUCCCAGGUCAUCAUGACUGACAAUGAGAUUUCCGGCACCAAGGAUCCGACAUUCCACCGCAUCCUCCUCGACACGCGCUUUGAGCUGCCGCUGGAUAUCCCUGAGGAGGAGGCCAGGUACUGGGCCAAGAAACUGGAGCAGCUCAACGCGAUGCGGGACCAGGAUGAUUAUGCCUUCCAGGAGGAGCAGGAAAAGCCUCUGCCUGUGCAUGGCUCACAGUGCUGCAACUGGAAUUAUUUUGGCUGGGGAGAACAGCAGAAUGAUGACCCCGACAGUACCGUGGAUGACCGGGACAGUGACUACCGCAGUGAGACCAGCAACAGCAUUCCCCCACCCUACUACACCACGUCCCAGCCCAACGCCUCCGUGCACCAGUACCCCAUGAGGCACCAGCAGCAGAGCUCCCGCGACUCCUACACUGACUCCAUGCAGAGCUACGAGAUGGACUACUCGGACCAGGCUCCCAUCAGCCCCACAGGGAGCAGCCGCUAUGCCUCGUCGGCCGAGCUGAGCCAGGGCAGCUCCCAGCUGAGCGAGGACUUCGAGAACGAGAGCCUGAGGGACUCGGAGCUGGACGAGAGGGACGGGGACUCCUACCACUCCUGCCACAGCUCCGUCAGCUACCGCAAGGACUCGCCACGCUGGGAGGAGGAGGAUGAUGAUGAUCUCUACCUGGAGGAGGAGGAGGAAGAGUUCAUUGAGGACUACAGUGAGACUGAGGAAGGCUACCCCAAGGAAGAUGAGUUGGAAGAGGAGGAGGAGGAGGAGGAACUGCGGGAGCCGGACACCUAUGAACCCCCUGAGCAUGAAACAUACCCACCACCACAGAAACCCCUGCCACAGCAGCCACAGCAGCAGCAGCAACAGCAGCAGCAGCAGCAACAGCAACCCCAUCUGGUCCCACAGCAGAAGCCUCAGCAGCAGGAAAGGAAGGAGGAGAGGAAAGAGGAAAGGAAAGAGGAAAGGAAGGAGGAGGACACCUGUGCUCCCCAGGAAGCCCCUGAGGCCCUCCAGGCCCAGCGGGCAGAGGAGGAAGUUCCCCUGCAAGAGGCAGCCCUGGAGACUGAGCCCCCAAAACCAGCUGAGAGGGAGCCAGCAGAAGAGGAGGUGCAGGACCCCAAAGCACGAGCCAAAGCCAACUGGCUGAGAGCCUUCAACAAGGUCUGCAUGCAGCUGCAGGAGGCCCGCGGGGAAGGUGAUGGAGAAAAAUCCCUGUGGUUCAAAGGCGGGCCUGGUGGUGGGCUGAUCAUUAUAGACAGCAUGCCGGACAUUCGCAAGCGAAAACCCAUCCCCCUAGUUAGCGAUUUGUCCCUGGUCCAGUCCAGGAAAGCAGGAAUCACAUCUGCGCUGGCCUCGAGCACCUUGAACAAUGAGGAGCUGAAAAACCAUGUUUACAAGAAGACCCUGCAAGCCUUAGUGUACCCCAUCUCCUGCACAACGCCCCACAACUUUGAGGUGUGGACGGCCACCACCCCCACGUACUGCUACGAGUGUGAGGGGCUGCUGUGGGGCAUUGCCCGCCAGGGCAUGCGCUGCGCCGAGUGUGGCGUCAAGUGCCACGAGAAGUGCCAGGACCUGCUCAACGCUGACUGUCUGCAGAGAGCAGCAGAGAAGAGCUCCAAGCAUGGAGCAGAGGACCGGACCCAGAACAUCAUCAUGGUGCUCAAGGACCGUAUGAAGAUCCGGGAGCGCAACAAACCAGAGAUAUUUGAGCUGAUCCAGGAGGUGUUUGGGGUCAACAAGACCACGCACACACAGCAGAUGAAGGCGGUCAAGCAGAGCGUCCUGGAUGGCACCUCCAAAUGGUCGGCCAAGAUCAGCAUCACGGUGGUCUGUGCCCAGGGACUGCAAGCAAAGGAUAAGACAGGUUCCAGUGACCCCUAUGUCACUGUCCAGGUUGGAAAGACAAAAAAAAGGACUAAAACUAUCUACGGCAAUCUCAACCCAGUCUGGGAGGAGAAUUUCCAUUUCGAGUGCCACAACUCCUCUGACCGCAUCAAGGUCCGUGUGUGGGACGAGGAUGAUGACAUCAAGUCCCGUGUCAAGCAGCGCUUCAAGAGGGAAUCCGACGACUUCCUGGGCCAGACCAUCAUCGAGGUCCGGACCCUGAGCGGGGAGAUGGACGUCUGGUACAACCUCGACAAGCGCACAGACAAGUCUGCAGUGUCAGGAGCCAUCCGGCUGCACAUCAGCGUGGAGAUCAAGGGCGAGGAGAAGGUGGCUCCCUACCAUGUUCAGUACACCUGCCUGCAUGAGAACCUGUUCCACUUUGUGACGGAUUUGCAAAACAACGGGGUGGUGAAGAUCCCCGAUGCCAAGGGGGAUGAUGCCUGGAAGGUUUACUUUGAUGAGACAGCACAGGAGAUUGUGGAUGAGUUUGCCAUGCGCUAUGGGGUGGAGUCCAUCUACCAGGCCAUGACGCAUUUUGCUUGCCUCUCCUCCAAGUACAUGUGCCCUGGUGUGCCUGCGGUGAUGAGCACCCUGCUGGCCAACAUCAACGCCUACUAUGCCCACACCACGGCCUCCAGCAAUGCCAACGCCUCUGACCGCUUUGCCGCCUCCAAUUUCGGGGUAAGUCCCAUGAAAGAUCGCUUUGUCAAGCUCCUGGACCAGCUGCACAACUCCCUGCGCAUCGACCUCUCCAUGUACCGGAACAACUUCCCUGCCAGCAGCCCCGAACGGCUGCAGGACCUGAAGUCCACAGUGGAUUUGCUGACCAGCAUCACCUUCUUUCGGAUGAAGGUCCAGGAGCUGCAGAGCCCCCCACGAGCCAGCCAGGUGGUGAAGGACUGUGUGAAGGCCUGUCUCAACUCCACCUACGAGUACAUCUUCAACAACUGCCACGAGCUCUACAGCCGCGAGUACCAGACCGACCCGACUAAGAAAGGUGAGGUGCCCCCUGAGGAGCAGGGCCCCAGCAUCAAAAACCUGGAUUUCUGGUCAAAGCUCAUCACCCUGAUUGUCUCCAUUAUUGAGGAAGACAAGAACUCCUACACACCCUGCCUGAACCAGUUCCCCCAGGAACUGAACGUGGGGAAGAUCAGCGCUGAGGUGAUGUGGAACCUCUUUGCUCAGGACAUGAAGUACGCCAUGGAGGAGCAUGAGAAGCACCGUCUGUGCAAGAGCGCAGACUACAUGAACCUGCACUUCAAGGUGAAGUGGCUAUACAACGAGUACGUCACUGAGCUGCCCUCCUUCAAGAGCCGCGUGCCCGAGUACCCCGCCUGGUUCGAGCCCUUUGUCAUCCAGUGGCUGGAUGAGAAUGAAGAGGUGUCACGGGAUUUCCUGCACGGAGCACUGGAGCGGGACAAGAAGGAUGGGUUCCAGCAGACCUCGGAGCAUGCGCUCUUCUCCUGCUCUGUGGUGGAUGUUUUCUCCCAGCUCAACCAGAGCUUUGAGAUCAUCAAGAAGCUGGAGUGCCCUGACCCUCAGAUUGUGGGGCACUACAUGCGACGGUUUGCCAAGACCAUCAGCAAUGUGCUGCUCCAGUACGCUGAGAUCAUCUCCAAGGAUUUUGCCUCCUACUGCUCCAAGGAGAAGGAGAAAGUGCCCUGCAUCCUGAUGAACAACAUCCAGCAGCUCCGUGUCCAGCUUGAGAAGAUGUUUGAAGCCAUGGGUGGGAAGGAUCUGGACACAGAAGCCAGUGAUAUCCUUAAGGAACUGCAGGUGAAACUUAACAACGUCCUGGAUGAUCUGAGCCGAGUCUUUGCCACCAGUUUCCAGCCACACAUUGAGGAGUGUGUGAAGCAGAUGGGUGACAUCCUGAGCCAGGUGAAGGGCACCGGCAACGUCCCCGCCAGCACCUGCAGCAGCGUCGCGCAGGACGCCGACAACGUCCUGCAGCCCAUCAUGGACCUGCUGGACAGCAACCUGACACUCUUUGCCAAGAUCUGCGAGAAGACGGUGCUGAAGCGGGUGCUGAAGGAGCUCUGGAAGCUGGUGAUGAACACCAUGGAGAAGACCAUCGUCCUACCCCCGCUCACAGACCAGACGGGCACGCUCUUGAGAAAACAUGGCAAGGGGACAGAGAAGAGCAGGGUGAAGCUGCCCAGUCACGCUGAAGGCACACAGAUGAUUUUCAACGCGGCCAAGGAGCUGGGGCAGCUUUCCAAGCUGAAGGACCACAUGGUGCGUGAGGAAGCCAAGAGCCUGACCCCAAAGCAGUGUGCCGUCGUGGAGCUGGCACUGGACACCAUCAAGCAAUACUUCCAUGCUGGCGGCGUGGGGCUGAAGAAAACGUUCCUGGAGAAGAGCCCUGACCUGCAGUCGCUGCGCUACGCCCUGUCCCUCUACACCCAGGCCACAGACCUCCUCAUCAAAACUUUCGUGCAGACCCAGUCGUCACAGGGCUCUGGUGUGGAGGACCCUGUUGGGGAGGUGUCCAUCCACGUGGAGCUCCUGACCCACCCCAGCAGUGGCGAGCACAAAGUCACCGUCAAAGUGGUGGCUGCCAAUGACCUCAAGUGGCAGACCUCGGGCAUCUUCCGGCCCUUCAUUGAGGUCAACAUCAUCGGGCCCCACCUCAGUGACAAGAAGAGGAAAUUCGCCACCAAAUCCAAGAACAACAGCUGGGCCCCCAAAUACAACGAGAGCUUCCAGUUCACGCUGGGGACGGAGACGGGCCCCGAGUGCUACGAGCUGCAGGUGUGUGUGAAGGAUUACUGCUUCGCCCGGGAGGACCGCACCGUGGGCAUCGCCGUGCUGCAGCUGCGGGACAUCCUGCAGCGCCCUGGCUGCGCCUGCUGGCUGCCCCUGGGACGCCGCAUCCACAUGGACGACACCGGGCUCACCGUGCUCCGCAUCCUCUCGCAGCGCAACAACGACGAGGUGGCCAAGGAGUUCGUCAAGCUCAAGUCGGACACGCGCUCGGCCGAAGAGGGCAGCAGUUAAAGUCCUUUGGCCCCCCAGCCCUCGCCCCCCGCUCCCGGCACCUGACAGGAUCCUCCAGCCGUGUAUAAGCCAUAGGAGUGGCCACAGAGGCGUCGCUGCCCCGGCACUGGGGAGGGGGUGCUGUGGCUGCAGUGACAGACCCUCCCCUCCCUCCCCUGCCACCAUGGCUGGCUGACUGCGGUGCUGAGCACAGCCGGGCCCCGGCACACCCCGCAGGAAGGUGCUGGUGUUGGGGGGGCUGCAGGGAGGGACUGGAGCUGAGCCUGGCUGAGGGGUGCCGUCUGCCCUUCCCCAGCCUGUCUGAGAUGGAGGAACCCCAGUGGCUCAUCUCUGAACCUCCACUGUCCCACCCAGCCCCACACCCCGCCGAGUGACAUGAGGAAAGGGCUGUGGGGGGUGUGUGUGUGUCUUGUGCCAUAUGUGGGUGUUGGUGAGUGGCUGGCACAGCGUGAUGGCCCCUUGUUCCCAUCUCUGAGCGUGUUGAUGUGUCCUGAGAGCAGGGCAGCUGCCAGCCCUGAGCACAUAGGUGUACAUAUGUAAAUACCUGUACAUACAGGGCAGCUGGACAGGCUGUGUCCUGCCCCUGGAAGGGCUAUUGGGGCUGUUGGGUUGGUGGGUGCAGCCCCCACGGGCCCUGCACAAGGUCCCCUCCCUGGCUGGCAGCAGCAUCACCAGGGUCGGGAGCAGCCCCCGGCCCAUAUCCUGUCUUCCCUGCCUUGCUGCCACCGUGGGCUACCCCACUGCCCCCCACAAGAUGCCAGGGCUUGGGGAGGCAGGGGCUGAGGGCACCUGAGCAGAGGGACUCGUUCCUCUUUGCUCUGGCCAGUGGGGACUGUCAUCCCUGAGCAGUGCAGCCCAUGGGAUCUCUUUGGCGCAAGCAAAACCCUUCCCACCCCACCCCAGAGAAGCCCUCCCUCCAGUCCCCCAGUAAGCACCAGUUCUGUGUCCCCCAGUUCCACAGUGAGCACCAUUUCUGUGUGCUAAGUGGUGUGCAUGUCUCGUGCGAGUGCGUGGGAGGCUGGGUGUGUGGUGUUGGGGUGGCCACCCCAGCUGGCCAGUUUGCUGCGAGUCUGGGGCAGGCAGAGGCCUCAUGAUCCCACAAUUCAGUACAGCUCUCUCAGCCCCCUCCCACCCCAAAACAGGGUACCCCAAACGGCUCCCACGCUCCUUUGUCUCGAGGGUUUGCCUGGGACCAGGGGGUUUCACUUUGCUCUCUCGUUUCUGUUCAGUGUUUACACCCUUUUCUAGCAGCUGCUCCUGCGUGGCCGGGCUGGGGCUCGGCCCCGCAGCCCCACCGUGGUGCCCUGGCCCUGUGCCCCCUCCCCAGAGCGUCCUGUUUGGCAUGUGAUUGAACUGACCAAUCCUGCUCCUGUAGCACAGUGUCACCGAUGCCUGUGUGUUUGUCCCGCCCACCGCGGCGGCUCCCAUGGAUGCAUGACAGUGAGAUGUUUUGCACUAUUUUGAAUUUUUUGGGCUCUGUAAAAAUAUUUUAUUAUAACUGACAUUAAAAAGCACACCCUUCA